GCGGGCGCGGUGCGGCGGUGCUAAUGCUGCUGACGCGUUCGACUGCUGGAGGACACCGCAGUGUGCGGCCCGAGCUCUGCGCGCUCGACCUCGACGCGUCCAAUGCGGCGCUCGACGUGGUGCACGUCGCACCCGCCACCGACGCCCCGCGCGUGCUCUGCUUUGUCAACACGAUUUCGCCACACCACGAGACGAGGGCCCGCGCGAUUCGAGACACGUGGGGGCCUCGCUGCGAUAAGCUCGUGUUUCUGAGCAACGUCACCGAUGCGAGCAUCGGCGCCGUAGCUGUCGACGCGCCGGCCGACCACGACCAUUUGUGGCAAAAGCACAAGGCGAGUUUGGCGUAUAUCUGGGCGACGUACGGCCAUGCGUACGACUGGUUUUACAAAGCCGAUGACGACGCUUAUGUCAUCCUCGAGAACCUCCGCGCCUACUUGCGGUCGCCCGAGAUCGCGAUGCAGACAGACCUCGUGCCGCUGCAGCUCGGCCACCGCUUUCGCUUACCAAGUGACCUCGUCGACUAUUACGUCCAAGACAAAGCACUGCUGGACGAGUACAAACGCCGCUGGGCCGAUUGGUGGGUCUUCAACUCGGGCGGGCCCGGCUACGCCAUGAACAAGCUCUACAUGCAGCGUGCAGUCGAAUCGUUCUCGAGUUCGCGCUGCUUGAACGACGAGAGAAGCGACAUGGUGCCAGACGACGCAGCGAUCGCAUUUUGCAUGGCGUGGGCCGGCGCGACGCCGACCAACACGCGCGACCUGCAUGGCCGCGAGCGCUGGCAUGCCAACAACCCCCAGGGGGUGUACUGGACCAACCCGGACGCGUUCGCACCGUCCAUGUGGUGCGCCUGGUCAUCGUUUUGAAAUGCGUCAAGCAGCGAGUAGGUUCAACGAGUUUCAUCGCGGUCUCGGCGGCGUCCAGUGGCAGCGCGAGUGCUGCUCCACCGAGACCAUUGCGUAUCACUACGUCUCGCCCGCUCUCAUGCGCCACAUUGAGCUCCAGCUCUACGAAUGUCGGCCAUCCAAGCCGCUGCCACCCCAGCGGCACGACGCCGAAGCCGACUGGGUCGACCACAACCUCCAGCAUAUUCUCGACAACGGAAUGUACUCGUGGUCAUAAUUACGUACUACUACGAUAGCCCACCCCCUAUUUAACGUUAAGAGAGUUCAAGGUGUGGUG